AUGACCAGUUUGAAUUUACUAGCUGAAAAAGCUUCCACAUCUCUGUACUCGUCACAACCACAACCACAACCACAACUCCAACUCCAAAAGCCAAUUACAAUUUACGACUUUAAACUCCCUGACGCAUCGAAUAAGAUAAUAGACUUUGCCCAGUUUCACAACAAAGUCCUUCUAAUAGUCAACGUUGCAAGUUUAUGUGGUUUCACCCCACAAUACAUUGAUUUACAAAAACUAUACAAAAAGUACCAUUCUCGUGGGCUAGUCAUUUUGGCAUUUCCUUGUAACCAGUUUGCAUACCAGGAUCCCAUGAGUUCACGCAAAAUAGCAGAUCACUGCCAACGAGAGUUUGGCGUUGAAUUCCCAAUCAUGAAAAAGAUUAAAGUAAAUGGCGAAGAAACAUCACCAUUGUACGACUUUUUAAAGGAACGUCAAGCAGCACUAUUUGGAUUUAAAGGCGUUCGAUGGAACUUUGAAAAGUUUGUGGUGAACAAACUGGGCGAUGUUGUCGGUAGAUUCGACUCGUGGGUCACCCCACUACAAAUGGAUGAGUAUAUUGUAAACUUGUUAAACGAGAGCGACAUCAGCAUCGAUGAAGAUGAAGAGGAAGACAAAGACAAAGAGGAGAAAGGCGAAGAAGACAAAGACAAAGGUGAAGAAGACAAAGGUGAAGAAGACAAAGACAAAGAAGACAAUGACAAAGAAGACAAAGAUCAAAUUAUAGAGAAGCAAAACCAAACUGAUAAUCAAGCAUUACCUACGAAUAAUCUUGAACUCGAGCCAACUGUUUCAACUGCGGAAGAAGUAAAGCACGAUGAAACCAAUGCAAUAGUUUUGGAAGCACCAAAGGUUAAUUAUACACCAAGCACGGCUCUACAAAAUGCCACCAAUUCACAAGAAACUAAAGUGCCCUCUUUUGAAAAGGAAAACAAAAUUAGAGAUACUCAAUCUGCGGAGACACUAGAUCCAGGUCAUAUGGAUUUACAUGCAACCAGCUUGUUGGAAAAUGCAGAUACUACAACAGUUGACUCGGAACCUGAGUCUCAAAUGCUUGCAAAUAAAACCCAAGAAACUUAUUGCUCACUUGAUCAAAUGACGAAUAGCUCACGGCUGGCAAAAUCACAGGAGAAAAAUGAAGAGGGAAAUUUAAAAAACACAAACACCACGGAAGUUAACGAUCACGAUGAUGGUAGCCUCCUUUAUCAUCAUCAACCUAAUAUCGAUGUUCUUUGCGUUCAAGAAGAAAACCUUGCUAAAAAGCCAGUCUUGAAAGAACGAAAAAGCUGGAUACUACAUAGAAAGAAAAAGACCAACAAAUUUUCUGAUUUGGGGAAAGACGAUGGAAACUUUAACGAUUCUGCCUCAUUUAUAAAAGUCAAGAGAAAAUUUUCGAGCCUCUUUUUACACAAACGAGAUGUAUAG